GAGUGAGGGCUGCUGGGCCGAAUGACGUGGCCCGGCAACGUCCCUGCCCGGACGGCCUCCUGGGGACCCGCGCAGCCGGGACUGCCCGCGGCCUAGUUCCGACGCGCGUGUGCCCGUGGGCCGGAGCUGGGGAGAGCGGCGGUGGCAGCCUGGCCUGGCGGGCCGCCGACAUGGGGGAGUGACGCGCCUGCGCCCGUGCGUCCCCCGCAGCUGCGAGACAUGAGGAGACCCCGCGGCGGGGGCAGCGGCGGCUCCUGAGCCAGGAUGGAGGAGAAGUACGGCGGGGACGCGCUCACCGGGCCCGGCGGCGGCGGUCUCGGGCCGGUGGACGUGCCCAGCGCGCGAUUAACAAAAUAUAUUGUGUUACUAUGUUUAACUAAAGUUUUGAAGGCUGUGGGACUUUUCGAAUCAUAUGAUCUCCUGAAAGCUGUUCACAUUGUUCAGUUCAUUUUUAUAUUAAAACUAGGGACUGCAUUUUUUAUGGUUUUGUUUCAAAAACCAUUUUCUACAGGGAAAACUAUUACAAAACACCAGUGGGUCAAAAUAUUUAAACAUGCAGUUGCUGGCUGUAUCAUAUCACUUUUGUGGUUUUUUGGCCUUACUCUUUGUGGACCACUAAGGACUUUGCUGCUGUUUGAACACAGUGAUAUUGUUGUCGUCUCACUGCUCAGUGUUUUGUUCACGAGUUCUGGUGGAGGACCAGCAAAGACAAGGGGGGCUGCUUUUUUCAUUAUUGCUGUAAUCUGUUUGUUGCUUUUCGACAAUGAUGAUCUCAUGGCUAAGAUGGCUGAACACCCGGAAGGACAUCAUGACAGUGCUCUAACUCACAUGCUUUACACAGCUAUUGCCUUCUUAGGUGUGGCAGAUCACAAGGGUGGAGUACUCUUGCUAGUGCUGGCUUUAUGUUGUAAAGUUGGUUUUCAUACAGCUUCCAGAAAGCUUGCUAUAGAUGUUGGUGGAGCUAAACGUCUUCAAGCCUUGUCCCAGCUUGUUUCUGUGCUUCUCUUGAGCCCAUGGGUGGUCGUUCUCUCUGUGACAACUGAGAGUAAAGUUGAGUCUUGGUUCUCUCUCAUUAUGCCUUUCACCACGGUUAUCUUUUUUGUCAUGAUCCUGGAUUUCUAUAUGGAUUCCAUUUGUUCAGUCAAAAUGGACAUUUCCAAAUGUGCCCGCUAUGGAUCCUUUCCCAUUUUUAUUAGUGCUCUACUUUUUGGGAAUUUUUGGACGCAUCCAAUAACAGAGCAGCUUCGGGCUAUGAACAGAGCAGCACACCAGGAGAGCACUGAGCACGUCCUGUCUGGAGGAGUGGUAGUGAGUGCUGUGUUCUUCAUUUUGUCUGCCAACAUCUUAUCAUCUCCCUCUAAGAGAGGACAGAAAGGUACCCUUAUUGGAUAUUCUCCUGAAGGAACACCUCUUUAUCACUUCAUGGGUGAUGCUUUUCAGCAUAGCUCUCAGUCGGUCCCUAGGUUUAUUAAGGAAUCACUAAAACAGAUUCUUGAGGAGAGUGAUUCUAGGCAGAUCUUUUACUUCUUGUGCUUAAAUCUGCUUUUUACCUUUGUGGAAUUGUUCUAUGGAGUGUUGACCAAUAGUCUAGGCCUGAUCUCGGAUGGCUUUCACAUGCUCUUUGACUGCUCGGCUUUGGUCAUGGGACUUUUUGCUGCCCUAAUGAGUCGAUGGAAAGCAACCCGAAUUUUCAACUAUGGGUAUGGCCGAAUAGAAAUACUCUCUGGAUUUAUUAAUGGACUUUUUCUAAUAGUGAUAGCCUUUUUUGUGUUUAUGGAAUCAGUGGCUAGAUUGAUUGAUCCUCCGGAAUUAGACACAAACAUGUUGACACCAGUCUCAGUUGGAGGGCUGCUAGUAAACCUUAUCGGAAUCUGUGCCUUCAGCCAUGCCCAUAGCCAUGGUCACGGAGCUUCUCAUGGAAGCUAUCACUCAUCUGAUCAUGGCCAUUCUCACCACACACAUGGACACAGUGAUCAUGGUCACGGUCACAGCCACGGAUUCACAGGUGGAGGCAUGAAUGCUAACAUGAGGGGUGUAUUUCUACAUGUUUUGGCAGAUACACUUGGCAGUAUUGGUGUGAUUGUAUCCACAGUUCUUAUAGAGCAGUUUGGAUGGUUCAUCGCCGAUCCCCUUUGUUCUCUUUUCAUUGCUGUAUUAAUAUUUCUCAGUGUUGUCCCACUGAUUAAAGAUGCCUGUCAAGUUUUACUUCUGAGACUACCGCCUGAAUAUGAAAAAGAACUACAUAUUGCUUUAGAAAAGAUACAGAAAAUUGAAGGAUUGAUAUCAUACCGAGACCCUCACUUUUGGCGUCAUUCUGCCAGUAUUGUAGCAGGAACAGUUCAUAUUCAGGUGACAUCUGAUGUGCUGGAACAAAGAAUCGUGCAUCAGGUCACAGGAAUACUUAAAGAUGCUGGAGUAAACAACUUAACAAUUCAAGUAGAAAAGGAGGCAUACUUCCAACAUAUGUCUGGCCUAAGUACUGGAUUCCAUGAUGUUCUAGCUAUGACAAAACAGAUGGAAUCCAUGAAGUACUGCAAAGAUGGAACUUAUAUCAUGUGAGAUAACUCAGGAAUUACCCCAGGGGUAUGAACAGUGAAGAUUAAGUGACUCAGUGUCCAUGACAUUGUCAGAGGAAUGAAAAUCGCACAUAAUUGUACAAAAACUUUUAAAGCUCCCUACUGUUGGAUCAAGAAGUCUUUUUUUUUUUUAAGAAAAUUGAAAUGCAAAAUGAAGCAUUAAUUGUAAAAAGAAAACCUGUUGCUCUAUUUGAAUUAUGUGUUUGAAAGAAAUCUUAACUGAGUGAACAUAAUAUAUCACAUCUUUGAAAAAAUGGACAAAUAAUGAUGGGCUCUAGUGAAGACCAAAAUUUCUUAUGUGCAUUUACUUUCUAUCAGAAAGCAUCUCCAUUGUAAAUAUGUAUUUACACGUUUAUUGCAAAGACCUAAAUGAAAAGUUUUUAGUCAAUUUUUUGCAUAGCCUAAAGACAAAAUAGAAAUAAAAUUCUAUAUUUAUGGAUUUUCUGUAUAUAAAACUGGUUUCUAAUUAUAACUUAAGACCAUUAAGUAAAAACUGUAUUGCCACUUUAAAUGUAAACUAAAUUAUUCAGGAGAAACUUCAACCACUGAUUUAAGAAAGUCAAAAUAGGGAACUACAACAUUACAGUUUUGAUGUAUUACAAGACCAACCACUCUGUUAAAUAAAUUUUUUUUACUUUUGGUA